AGCAGCUCCGGAGGAGAGAGAGAGAGAAAAAACGCCCGGACUGCUCCAGCCUCCGAAAUGACUCAGUAACUUUUACGCCUCGAGUCUCAGCCCUGCAAUUUGCCACUUUCCCAGCGCGGCUCGGGAUGUAUUCGUCUCCUCUCUGCCUGACCCAGGAUGAGUUCCACCCCUUCAUCGAGGCGCUCCUCCCCCACGUCCGGGCCUUUGCCUACACCUGGUUCAACCUGCAGGCCCGCAAGCGCAAGUACUUCAAGAAGCAUGAGAGAGGAUGACAAAGGAUGAAGAGAGGGCGGUGAAGGAUGAGCUGCUGAGCGAGAAACCAGUGAAGCAGAAAUGGGCCUCGCGCCUCCUGGCCAAACUGCGCAAGGACAUCCGGCCCGAGUGCCGUGAGGACUUUGUGCUUUCCCAUCACGGGCAAGAAGCCUUCAUGCUGGUGUCCUCUCCAACCCUGACCAGAAAGGGGAAGAUGCGCCGCAUUGACUGUCUGCGACAGGCAGACAAGGUGUGGCGGCUGGACCUGGUCAUGGUUAUCCUCUUCAAAGGGAUCCCUCUGGAGAGCACCGAUGGUGAGCGCCUGGUCAAAUCAGGCCAGUGCACCAACCUCCUCUGUGUCCAGCCCCACCACAUCAGCGUGUCUGUCAAGGAGCUCGACCUCUACCUGGCUUACUUCGUCCGCGAGAGAGAUGCAGAGCAGAGCAGCAGCCCUCGAACAGGGAUCAGCUCAGACCAGGAGGACAGCAAACCCAUCACGCUUGACUCAACAGACUUCCAGGAAAGCUUUGUCACCUCUGGGGUGUUCAGCGUCACCGAGCUCAUCCAAGUGUCCCGAACACCGGUGGUGACAGGCACGGGGCCAAACUUCUCCCUGGGGGAGCUGCAGGGCCACCUGGCCUACGACCUGAACCCCUCCAGCACCGGCAUGAGGAGGACGCUGCCCAGCACCUCCUCCAGCGGGAGCAAACGGCACAAGUCGGGGUCUAUGGAGGACGACAUCGACACCAGCCCAGGGGGCGAGUACUACACCUCCUCCAACUCCCCCACCAGCAGCAGCCGCAACUGGACAGAAGACAUGGAAGGGGGUAUCUCCCCCACCGUGAAGAAGACAGAGAUGGACAAGUCCCCCUUCAACAGCCCAUCGCCCCAGGACUCCUCACCCCGGCUGAGCAGCUUCACGCAGCACCACCGUCCCGUCAUCGCAGUCCACAGUGGUAUCGCUCGAAGCCCCCACCCGUCGUCUGCGUUGCAUUUCCCCACCACCUCCAUCCUCCCCCAGACAGCCUCCACCUACUUCCCCCACACGGCCAUUCGGUACCCGCCUCAUCUCAACCCGCAGGACCCGCUGAAAGAUCUCGUCUCGCUGGCCUGCGACCCGUCCAACCAGCAGCCCGGACCGUUAAAUGGAAGUGGUCAAGUGAAAGUGCCCAGCCACUACCUGCCCACGCAGAUGCUGGCGCCGCCACCUCCCCCUGGCAUGCCCCGCUUGGCCGUCUCUCCUGACACCAAAUCCACCACGACAACUACCGAGGGAGGGACGACCUCACCGACAUCACCCACCUACUCUGCACCAGGCACGCCCCCUGCGAACCGUUCCUUCGUGGGAUUAGGACCAAGGGAUCCUGGGAGUAUCUAUCAGGCACAGUCCUGGUACCUGGGAUAACCACCGCCGUGCCGCCCCUUCGCCUCCCUUCUCCUCUGCUUUAGGCACCCCCAGAGGAACAUCCCCGUCCCCGAGCACCAGGCCCAGCCUUGCGGUGAUGACGGAGAGUGUGGACUUAAGAUGACGACGACGAAGACAAGCAAAACCCACACCCAAAGGAAAGAGCGAGGGAAAUGAAGAAGGAAAAGGGUCAAACUUUUUUAAAAAGAAGAAAAAAAAAAUACAGACAAAACAAGACCCCAUCCCAGGAGGACCCUCCCCCCUACCGGGCAACAAGCCAGAAAACAAAGAAACAGAAAAAAAAAAAGAUUAAAAGAACACUAUUCUUUGCCCCAUUGGCCAGCACCGCACUGGGACCUAACGCAACUUGUGCCAGCGAUGCCUCCUGGAACAGCAGCAGGGCUGCAGCACCAGAGCCUGAUGGCUGCUUGCCGCAGGUCAGAUAUGCAAACGGCUCUUCACUCUUUCAUUCUUGCCUCUAUGUGAGUAGAAAAGAUCAAACCCCCCUUGCCAUGUCCCCCUAGCCUCAUGCAGACUCUCAGGGGGUCCCCGGGGCCAGGGUAGGGUGCGGUGGGGUGGGGGGAACACCUCCUGCUGCCUGUUCCCAACCAAUGUGGCUGUGCUUGCUGGUGGGGCGAUGUGAUGCUCCAUGCCAUGAAAGCGCCUUGGGGACAGGCAACACUGUGCUGCAGUGACACCAUGACGUGGUGAGGUUGUGACACCAUGACCUGGUGAUGUAGUGACAUGCUGAUGCGGUGGGAUGGUGAUGCAGUGACACCAUGAUGCGGUGACACUGUGAUGCAGUGACGCGGUGGUGCGAUGACAUAGCGGUCAGCUUGGCUCAGCAUGGUAGUGUCACAGGAGGAGGGUGCUUGAGGCCACAGAGGGUGCGGUGGCACCUGAUUCCCACGGGGACACUCGCACCUCAGCGGGACCCAGGCUGCCACCGCCAUGCCAGGCACCAGUCGCCACUACUCUGAUUGCCUUCCUCACCCCCAGCCCUGCACUGCCCGUGUCCCCACGUGUGUCCCCAUGUCCCCCUGUGCUGGGUUGGUCCGCGGGGCCGUGGCAGAGCAUGCGUCCGUGUGUCCGAGCUAUGCAUUCCUGUGGACAGGUCUCGGGGGAUGGGAGGAGAGGCUGCGCGCGUGUUGCACAUUUUGUAGGAAAUGCACUUUGAAGAGGGAAUUGUCAAAAAAAACCAAAAAAACAAACAAAAAAAAAAAACCAGAAAAAGAAGAAAAGAAAAAAAACAAACAAAAAAAAAACAUAAAAAAAGGAGGAGGAUGAAGAAGAGGAAGAGGAGACAGAGGCCCCAGCACUGGCUUGCUGGAAUGGCUGGUUUGGGGUUUUUUGGGUUUUUUUUAAUACAAAAGGAUGGAGAAAAGGAGCCCGCGCGAGGGCAGAGCCAGCCCCACAGAGCCCCCAGCCCCACGUCAAGUGCCUGAACUGUGGUGGGGAGGGGUCCCAGCACCCCCGGAGGAGCCCCUAGCCAGGGGCAGCGCUGGAGGAAGCUCCUGUCCAUCCCUGUCCCACAAGAUGGCAGCAUGGCCGGACAGGGGACACGGGGACGUGGCAGUGCCUUAGAGCAGAGCAACCCACACGCUGGCCGAGCGUGAAGGCACCCAGCAUCUCCAGCGAGACAGUGGCAGCCCCAGAGGAGACCAGCUCCAGGCCUGUCCCCAAAGGGACCCCACACCCCUGGCACACCCCAUGGGUGACGCAGGAGAGAAAGCCACCAUGGGAUGUCCAGGAGUACAGCAUGUUACCAAGGCCACUGCCUCCACCCUGGCACCCAGAGCUGCUCCAGGGACCACCGGCAUCAUAUCCCCAUCCCACCGGCUUCCCGAUUCCCCCAACUUCCCACCCCCCUGGGGCAGCCCAGCAAGGCUGUAUCCUGCCCACCCAUGGCACUGGGGGAAGGGCUGACGCAGAAAAUCCUGGGAGACAAACAAUGUAAUCAAGAAAGGACAAGAAAAGAAGAAAA